GGUCGGCUAGCGCACGAAGUAGGCUGGCAGUAUCGUGAUGUGGUCGAGAAACUGGAAGCAAAACGGAAGAUCAAAAGUGCUGCAUUUUAUCAGCGCAAAAAAGCAAAAGCGAAACUGCUUGCGGAAGCAAUGAAGUCAGAUGCUGUGAAGAAUUCACCGUAUCAAAAACUGAUUGAAUCUUAUGGUUAUCAGUAA